UGAGGGCGGAGGGGUCCCGGUGAGUGCAAGUUCAUUGCAUUCGAGCUUAGAUAUGUCUAAAUCAAUCACAAUCCGAUCGACUUUGCGAUCACUUUCAAUUUCGCCACAGAACUACGUGUUUGUUACCCGGACGCUGCAACGUGCAUUCACCUCCGCUGCCACUACCGUCUACAACUGCGACGACAUGUCGGUCGAUCAGACAACGGCCAAGACUAUGUGGUCGUCCAAAAUGAUCGCAUGGCAAGCUCACUCCUACAGUACCAUUGACGAUCUAGUGCUGACCAGCAACGCCAGAUCGCCCGUCAUGGUCAGACCCAAAGAAGUAUUGGUUCGAAUCAAAGCGUCGUCCGUCAACCCACUAGACAUUAUGAUGGCCGGUAAACAUUGAAUUCAGUGUGCGUCGUGAUAGUUAAUUUGUUCAUCUAAUAUGUCUACAAUUUCCAGAGGGUUACGGCCAGGUGCUAUUGGGUACUAUUCGCCAAGCACAACAGUUGUCUCUCCACAAACCAGUAGAGUUCCCAUUGACACUGGGACGAGACUUCUGCGGGGAAAUCAUAGCCAAGGGAGUAAAAGUCAAGAACGAUUUGAAUAUUGGUGAUAUAGUUAUGGGUGUUGUACCCCCUUUCCAUCAAGGGUGUCAUGCUGAAUACGUUACAGUUCCUGAUGGUCUAGUACGUCACAAAAUAAUAUUAACCAUACUUAUCAUCAAAUUAACAUAACUAAAUGGAUAGGUAUUUUAAUAUUAUAAAUUGCUAUUAAUAUAAUUUGUAGGUUGCCAAGAAACCUGCACAUAUUACUAACGAAGAAGCAGCAGGUCUAUUGUAUACAGGUUUAACUGCUUGGGCUGCUUUAAAAGUAGCUGGAGGGUUGUGCGUUUUGAAAGCGGCCGAAAAAAACAUACUAGUCAUUGGUGGAUCUGGUGGUGUUGGUAAUUGUGCUAUACAAUUAUUGAAACAUUGGGGAGCAAAGGUAGUUUAUUCAUUUUAAAAAAUUACUACUUAAUGAUGUUUAUAGCUGAACGUCCACUAAACUGGUAGAAUAAAGUGGCACAUAGUUUUUAGAUUUGUCUGGUACAUGAAACUAACACGAUACAACGCAUAUUUAUUUAAUUAUUAGUUACUUAUCAAUUUUUGUUGAAAUUACUUGUUUUGGAAUUAUGUCACACUGAUCUGUUCUACCGAAUUAGUUAACACUGCUUAACAAACCAACAUUUUUAACUUUUUAAAAUAUCUAAAUUAAUACUUUUUAUAACAUUUCAUUUUAUUAAAUUGUACAUUAAGAUAAAAUUUAUUUAAUCUUAUAUUGAAAAGGUAAAUUAAAGUUAGGUUUUUUUUUUUUUAUAAAUAGUGAGUUUUUUGUUUUAUAGUACUGUACAUUUUACAUUCUUUAGUAGUUUAUUUUGCACAAUUGUCAAGAUAAUAACAUUUUUAAUGUUUUACUUUUUCAAACAGGGAUUGCUUAGAAAAAUAAAAACAUCAAUGCAAAACUUAUACUCUCUUCUAAAUCUAAGAGUUAGAAUAUGAAGUUGCUAUAGAAUCAAUGUGUAAUAUUAUUGGUUUUAUAAAAUGUAAUACUUAUUUUUAUCUGAAGAGUAAUGUACCUAUCUAUUUUCUAUUUUUCUUUCUUUAGUUAGACAAAUAGACAAAUAUCACAAUUGUAGUAAAGCUGAAUAUGAUUCAAAUAAUCAUAGUUAAUUUAUUAUAGGUAUAUAUUUUUAAUUUUGAAUGUUUAACAUAGUGAUUUAAAUUUAAAAUGUUCAACAAAUUUUUAAAUGCCAAGUAUCAUAUUUUUAUAUAUUUAGAUAAAAGUACUGUAAUGCCAUCUCUGAUAAUUUAUUCUUUUAUUCCAUUUUUAUUUUAUUUAUUCUUUGAUAAUGAUUGUUCGUGAUUUAAAAUGUAUUUUAAAUAUUUUAGUUUAACUUAAUUGGCAAUCAUAUUAGUAUAAUAAUAAUAAAUUAUUAUACAGGUAUUUUGAAGUAUGUGCAUAAUUCAUACAGUUCUAAACAUUAAUAAAUAAUACUUAUUUAUUAAUUUUAACCAAUUUCACAGUAAAAUGUUUCUCCAUCAGUAUUUAUUAUGUUUUUUCAUUGGUUUAUUUAGAAUUAUAUACAUAUAUUAUAUAUUAUUUACAAGUAAAAAAAAAAAAAAUAACAUUAAUGAAUACUUUAUACUUAAUAUAAAUUUAAGAAAUUAUUAGUCAUUAAAUGUAUGUAAUAUUUAAUCAUAAAGAUAAAAUAUUGUGAUAAAUGAUUUGCAUUGAUUAAAAAUUAACUUUGUGUUAAAAAUAAAAAAUUCCAUUGUUAAUAAUAAUACUAAAAUAAUUUUUCAUAAGCUUGUAUUAGAUGUUGAAAUUUAUUUGUAUGGUUUAAUGAAAAAUAAAAACCAAUCAUGUCUUAGUUUUAAUAUGAAAACAAUUAUAAAUAAAUACCAGUAGUAAUCUUAAAUCAUAAUUUUAAAUAUAGAUUUACCUAUACAAAUUAUUUAAAAAUCAUUUGAAAACCCGUUUAAUAAUAUAAUGAUUAAUUAAUUAUUUGGUUUAUUAUUUAUUCAGGUCACUACUACCUGUCAUUCAAAUGCCAUAAGUCUUGUGAAGGGACUUAAACCAGAUAAUAUUGUAGACUAUACUACUAAAGAUGUACAAAAACAGUUGGAACAGUUUGGAAAGUACGUAAAAUCUGAUUAUGAGUACUAAUCUAUAAAACAAACUGACAUACUUUGCACGAUGGUUGGUGAGAUUGAAAGUUGGUAUGGUGAGACACUGUUGAAGGUGAGAAGGUAGAGGGGAAAUCGUUUUUAAUCUAUUUCUAACGAUUAAUCAUUAAUAACGAAAAACAAUUCUGAGUGGAGUUUGGUUGUACAUAUUUUGAAAGGCUGUAAUAUUUAUGAUUUAAAAAUAAUACAUUUCGUACAUUUUCCCGGUUUUCCUAUGUUUUUUCCUAGUUUUUCCUAUUUAUUAUAAAAACCCUUGGAACAUCAAAAAAAGAUCUGCCUAAAGUAUCACCCCACAUCAAUUUUAUUUCAGAAAAAGUGCUACACUUGAUAUUCGGAGUGAAAUUUCUGGUGUAAAAGUUGUUCAUAUAAAAAAAUUGGAUAAUAAUAAACAUCAUUGUAAAAACAAUAUAUAUAUACUAUUCCUCGCUUUGCUUAAAAUUUAUAAUGAAAUUUCAGACUGCUAAUAAUUAAAUUAUUUUAAUUUCUAUUUUAAUUAUGUGGACUGCAAUUUGUUUACAUUAUAUUAUUUUUUAGUAAUUUCAGAUUCAAUCAUUAGUUUUUGUUUAUUAAGAGGAUGUUAUACCCGUAUCUACUGUCUCAGUACAACUACCGGGUAACAUGCAAAGAUAAUGCUUAUGCAAAAUAAAUAAAAUAUGCUUAAUUUUGAUUUUAGGGUUAAAGUACCUAUUAUAGAAUUCAUAGAGAACAAUAUUUUGGUAGAAAUGUUAUAGGAUUUUUGUGUUAUUUAAAAUAUACAAUUCGAUAUAAACAAUACAAAAAAUUUAUUUUUUGUUUUUUAAAUUACUAAUUUUUUUAAUAGUUCAUAAUUUAAAAAAAAACUCGUGACAUUCCCUCAAAAAUAUUGUUCUCUAUAAAUUCCAAAAUUCGUACUUUUACUCUAAAAUCAAAAUUAAACUAGUUUUACUUAUUCUGUAUAAGCAUUGUUUUUGAAUGUUACCAGUAGUGAGACUGAGACAGUAGAUGCGGGCAUAACAUCCUCUUAAUACAAUAUUAUUUAUAACCUCUUCAAUUAAUGUAUUUUUAUGUUGUGUAAUUUAACAAUUAAAUAAAACAAUUAAAUGUUAUUUAUUGCAGUGCAAAUUAUAAAUAAAUUAAUCUUUUGUUUUUUUUUUUUGUAGGUUUGACUUAAUUCUGGAUGCAGCUGGAAUACCCUAUGAUAAUAUCAGUACUUAUACACCUCUAUUAAAAGGUUGGUCAUGUUCUGCAUUUAUUACACUCCGCAGUCCAAUUUUACAAAAUACAGAUUCUUAUGGCUUCUUUGGGGGAAUGUUUAAGAAUGCUAUUGACCUAGUUGUUCCAAAUAUUUUAUCUGGAGCAGUAUUCAAAGGCUCUUCAUUUCGAUGGGGCACUUUUAUACCUUUAGAGAGUGGUGUUAAAGAACUAGCAAAAUUAGUUGUAGAAAAAAAAAUGAUAAUUCCUAUAGAAAAAACAUAUAAAUUCAUGGACCUCAAAGAUGCAUACAAGAGAGUACAAGAAGGCCAUCUCAGGGGCAAAAUUAUUAUAACUUUUGAUAAACCAAGCUUAGAUAAGGCCAGAUUAACUAAUUGAGAAUUAUUUAUCAUGGGGUGAGAAUUAUUAUAAAUCUAAUAAUCAAUUGUUAUACUUGACUUCAUUGCUUGUUAAUAUUUUAUUAAUUUUCUAUACAAAUUUCCGUGUAAUAAUAUAAUAUUUAUAUUGUUGAAAUAAAAUUGCUUUUAGUUAUUAUUGGUUUUAUUUA